GGGGCUGCGGCGUCCCAGGGCGAGGCGGUGACGUGAGUUCGGCGCACCUGGGUCGGGCAGGUAAGGGCCGGUGCGGGACCGGGAGCGGAGCUCGAAGACUCUACCUGCGCAAAACCAGGUGUUGCUUACCCGACCGGUGAAGAAGAGCGGUGGCGACGGGUGAUCUUAACUGGGGACGUGGUUCGGAGGGACGUCCGCUUCUGGUCGCCGGAUUGAGAAAAGAGUCUUUGGCUGGCCCAGAGCAAGGAGAGCUGACUUGAGGCCCAGCUCUUGGGAUCCCCGUGGAUACGCUGCCUGCUCAUCUCUAUCAUGGCCCUCCACCCCCGCAGAGUUCGGCUGAAGCCCUGGCUGGUGGCCCAGGUGGAUAGUGGCCUGUACCCUGGGCUCAUCUGGCUACACAGGGACUCCAAACGCUUCCAGAUUCCCUGGAAACAUGCUACCCGGCAUAGCCCCCAACAAGAGGAGGAAAAUACCAUUUUCAAGGCCUGGGCUGUGGAGACAGGGAAGUACCAGGAAGGGGUGGAUGACCCUGACCCAGCUAAAUGGAAGGCCCAGCUCCGCUGUGCUCUCAACAAGAGCAGGGAAUUCAACCUGAUGUACGAUGGCACCAAGGAAGUACCCAUGAACCCGGUGAAGAUAUAUCAAGUGUGUGACAUCCCGCAGCCUCAGGGAUCAAUCAUUAACCCAGGAUCCACUGGAUCUGCUCCUUGGGAUGAGAAGGAUAAUGAUGUAGAUGAAGAAGAUGAGGAAGAUGAGCUUGAUCAGUCACAGCACCAUGUUCCCAUCCAGGACACCUUCCCCUUCCUGAACAUCAAUGGUUCUCCCAUGGCACCAGCCAGUGUGGGCAACUGCAGCCCCGAAGCAGUGUGGCCCAAAACUGAACCUCUGGAAAUAGAUGUACCCCAGGCACCUAUACAGCCCUUCUAUAGCUCUCCAGAGCUGUGGAUCAGCUCUCUCCCAAUGACUGACCUGGACAUCAAGUUUCAGUACCGUGGGAAGGAAUAUGGGCAGACCAUGACCGUGAGCAACCCCCAGGGCUGCCGGCUCUUCUAUGGGGACCUGGGUCCCAUGCCUGACCAAGAGGAGCUCUUUGGUCCUGUCAGCCUGGAACAGGUCAAGUUCCCAGGUCCAGAGCAUAUCACCAAUGAGAAGCAGAAGCUGUUCACCAGUAAGCUGCUAGACGUCAUGGACAGAGGACUGAUCCUGGAGGUCAGCGGUCAUGCCAUUUAUGCCAUCAGGCUGUGCCAAUGCAAGGUGUACUGGUCUGGGCCAUGUGCCCCAUCACUUGUUGCCCCCAACCUGAUUGAGAGACAAAAGAAGGUCAAACUGUUUUGCCUGGAAACGUUCCUUAGUGAUCUCAUUGCCCACCAGAAAGGACAGAUAGAGAAGCAGCCACCAUUUGAGAUCUACUUAUGCUUUGGGGAAGAAUGGCCAGAUGGGAAACCCCUGGAAAGAAAACUCAUCUUGGUUCAGGUCAUUCCAGUGGUAGCUCGGAUGAUCUACGAGAUGUUUUCUGGUGAUUUUACACGGUCCUUUGACAGUGGCAGUGUCCGCCUGCAGAUAUCAACUCCAGACAUCAAAGAUAACAUCGUUGCUCAACUGAAGCAGCUGUACCGCAUCCUCCAAACCCAGGAAAGCUGGCAGCCCAUGCAGCCCACCCCCAGCAUGGAACUACCCCCUGCCCUGCCAGCCCAGUAAUCAUGAAUGCCAUCUUUUUUACAAUAUUGUACAUAUCGGUAUUUUUUAUUACUCAGAUUUAACCAGCUUUUAAACUUCUUCUUUCUAACAAUGUUAGUGGCCUCCAAUUCUCCACAUAUGCCUGGCUUUUAAAGUUGAUUUAAUUUAUGGAAAAAUCACCCUUCUUAUUCCCCCUUUCUUUUUUAAACCUCGCAAUGUUAGUGUUAAUGUAGUAGAGGGAGAUUUGGCCUGGGACUUUGGACAGCAGCGUUCUAGCUGCAGCUUUGCUUCAGUGGUGUGACCUUGAACCACCAAGUCAUUUAACCUCUAGGCUUCAGAUUCAUUACUGUAAAACGAAGGGGUUGGAAUAAUGCCUGAAAUAAUGCCAGUUAAAACUCUGACCUGAUGACUUCAUUCUACAAGGCAGAACUGCCUGGAACAGAACCCUUCUGCAUUGUUCUUGCACCACAUUUUUUUCUUGCUUUCAUUAAAGUUCCCUCAAGCACUGAUUUGUCCAAGAUUGAUCUCCGUUUGACCUGUUCUGCUAGUAUAGUAAGCUGGCUCCCUGACGGGAUAAGUGAGAGGGAGGGGAGCUGGCUGGUUGCUUAGGAACCAAGCUUGAUAUCUAAACAGAAAUAGGUGCCAAAGUGAAAGUCACCUGGUCUGUGGAGUAAAAGCUCAUAAACUGAGCUCCUCAAGGGAAUCUGUCAACAGAAGGCGUAGGGAUUCUGCACAGUUGGUUGUCGGGUAUUUACCUUGCCACCACUCAAAAUAACACUGUAUGUGUGCUAGAUGAGAGUAUGACUCAGUGGUACCUUUCAGAGAGGAUAGAGCUCUUUUUCUUUUUAAUUCUUUGAGGAAGAGCUGGGAGUGAGCUGGGCAUCUAGGACAAACUCCUUACUAAAAAAGCAACAGGGGCGCCUGGGUGGCUCAGUUGGUUAAGCGACUGCCUUCAGCUCAGGUCAUGGUCCUGGAGUCCC